CCCCCUUCGUCCUGUUUCCCCACUUUCCCUCCUGACCUUUCUUGAAUCUUUCCUUCGUACAACUCCCCCCCAUCUCGCUCUCGCUCAACACACUUCCACACACUCUUUACCAUGCUCUACCGAUCCAUCACCGCCACUGCCGCCCUGGCCCUCGCCGCCAGCACCUCUUCCCUCGCUGUAGACAUCCCCAGGGCCAUUGCCCAGGAUCUCACCCAGUUCGAGGCUCAGGCCCUCAUCCCCGAGCCCAUCGACUCGGACUACCUGGACCUCUCCUCUGCCCUCGUCCUCGCCUUUGGCUCUACCAAUGUCACCACUGGUCAGCGCUUCGAAUUCCCCGCCGACACCUCGGCCCUGGCCACUGCUCCCACUUUCCAGCUGGACGUACCCGCUAGCAUGGCAUCCCAGUAUGCCGCUAUGAACUUCACUGCUAUGAUCGUCGACCCUGGAGCGUACGGACAGACAAUGGGAGGAAGCAAUGUCACUCGUCACUACCUCGCCAACGACCUGCGUCUUUCCAAUGGUAGACUUACCAACUCCACUCCUGCCAUUACAUCUUAUGCUGAGCCAGGACCUGCAGCUGGAACUGGAGCUCAUAGGUACAUGGCAUUGGUCUUUGCUCAGGAAAGUGGAUUUGAAGCACCUGAUGGUUUCACUACUCAGAUGGGAGUAUCUACAAUGGAACUUGCCGACUACGUUGACGAUGCCGACAACUUGGGCCACAUUGUCGCAAUGACCUACAUCAUGGUCGAGAACACCGCUGACGGAACCGCAACCGUCAGCAGCAGUACCGCCGUCCCCUCCUCGUCCGUCGCAGCCGCCGAAUCUUCCAUUGCCUCUUCUCUCAGCCUGUCCACUUCGAUGACCUCUGCCGCCAGUGGCGCAUCGAGCUCGGCUGCCGGUGCUUCUUCGACUGCUGCUUCUAGUGGAGCAGUUGGAGCUGCUGCUGCCUUUGGUGGAAAGAGCGCAGUCAUGGCCGCUGUGCUGGGUAUGGCUAGUGUGGCUGUGGGCGCUUGGGCGCUUUAAAGCAGGGAGUUCCUUCUCCUCGACUCUUCGCACGUCGCACUCCAUGCUCUUCACUUCACGGACUGCUGCAGAGACCAGACCAAGGGAACUGCACCCAAUCCCCCAACCCCCCACCUCUUCCUCACUUCCACCCCUACCCCUCCGCCGCC